AUGGACGAUCCUCGAAGACGUCCCGCCGGCGCGCCGCCUUCCCGCGGCCCGGGUGGCCCUUCUCCCGUCCGCAAUCGCGGGGGAAGCCCCAUGACAAGUAAUGCCUCUCGGCGCGGCCCGUCCAGCACUACUGGCGGCGGCGGCGGAGGCGGCGGGAGCUCAGCGGGCCGCGGGAGAGCGCGGCCGCUUAGGGGAACUUCCGGCACUUCCGCUCCCCCAGCGCAAAGGGGCGGGGGGGGACCUGGCGCAGCUCCGCCUGCUAAGUCCGCCGCCGCCGGCAGGGGCGCAAGGAGUGGGAAAGGCUUGCGCAUGCGCCCGGCACGCCCGCGCGUGCAGUUGCGGAAGUACCCCGGAUUAAAGCCCGCCAUAUCGAGCUACAGUAAGCUACGCGCACGCGCCACGGGUCAGCUCGUGGAGCCGAAAAAGCGCCUGCGGUUCAGCGAUCACGUGGAGGUUGCCACGUGGGACGCUGACGUGGACGAUAAUCACGGCGCCAACUCAGCAGCAGCUGCUGCCUCAAGCUUACCCACCGGUAGCAAAAGGCUUUUUCUCCGGAAUGUGUUUCUUGGCGCCGCGGAAAGUAUCAACGACGCUGCGGAAAGUUUGUUCGGGCAGUCCAAAAGGGAGCUUCCUAAGGAUCUGCCCACAGAGUUUGUCCGAGACGCUCCUAGAUCGAAGGAGUUAAAGAAGGCUUACAAAAAGGAGAUGCGCGCGCGGGGCGACAGUGAUUAUGCUAAGAAGGAACGCCGACCAAGGACCAAGAAGGACGGCGAAACGCGAGAGCGGAAGGCGGUCGCAGGCGGGCAGUCCGCAAAUAAAGAAGCGGGCAGGGGAAAGCCCAGCGAGAGGUCCGUAUUAUCCAGCGGAGCGCAGUCUUUCGGGCAGCUUGAAACCAAGUCGGAUCGGGCAGCACUGGAAAAGAAUCUCAUGCCAACUGGUAGCAAGAGCCUGAAAGUGGAAGGCGGAGGGGAAGCGGCGGGGGGCGCGGGAGGGGAGCUAGGAGGGGGGAAGGGAGGGAAAUUGCUGUCUGGGAGCUUGAUUCCUAGAGACCCGCGGACUGCAGCGGCUGCCGCUGCGGCAGUGGCGGCUGCGACGGCGGCAGCGGCGGCUGCGACUCCCGGUGCUGUUUCCGCCAGCGCAGCUGUUUCUGCUGGUGAGAGCGGCCUUGAUGCGAAAGAGGGUGACACGGAGGGGAUGGAGGAGAAAGUGAGGGAGGAGGGCGAGGGAGAAAAAGAGAGAGACAGCGACGACAGUAGUGUGAGCGAUAGUAGUGAUGAUGAUGACGACGACGACGACGAGGAGGAGGAGGAGCACGGGGUGUGGGUGGACGAGGAUGUAGAGUCGUCCGAGGGAGAGGAAGACGAGGAAUGGGGAGAAGAAGGCGUGGAGCAAGGCGCGCUGGAUGCUGACGUGGCAGCUGCUGCUGGCAGCCACGUGGCAGCAUGGGAUGGCGUGGAGGUCAAGCGGUUGGGAGAGAAGGAAGCGGGGGAACGGGGAACGGGAGGGAAAGGGGACGAAGCUGCAAGUCCAGCAGUAAAGACAAGUGCUGUGAGUCAGGCGGAAGGCGGAACCCCCAGGCGCAUGCGCAGUCCGUCCCCCAUAGGGGCGCCGCUUGCCCCCCGCGGGGCGCAGCCCUCGCCGCAGAUGGGCGCAACUGCAGUCGGAGUGGAGGCGUUGACUCUGGCAGAUAACGACAAAAAGCAGACCGGCGCCCCCCAAACGAACCAAUCAGUCGCCCGUAACGAAUUCAAACCCCUCGCGGUUACCGCCGCCUCUCACCAAUCUUGGGGGUCAGCCAAGCAGCCUGGCAGCCGGCGAUCCACCUCAGUGCAACUGAACAUGAGCGAUAGCGAUCUCUACGCACAUUCUACUGAUGAUGCUGAUGACUAUGGGUUGCCUGUGCACGGUGGGGGGAGGGGGAACGAGUUUUCUAUGAGACCGAAAUCUAUGUCUGAGGAUGAUUGGAACGAUCAGAGUUACAUGAGGGAUGGGAGGGAGAGAGGAGGUGGGGACGGGAGAGGGAGGGGCGGAGGAAUGGGGGACAGCAGGGGAGGGGGAGGGGGAGGGGGAGGGGGAAUGGGGGGGCCAAGGCGGAUGGGGGAGAGGCCGGGGGGGCAAGAUGGGGGUGGGGUUGUGAGGAGACCUGCUGGUGGUGCUGGCGCUGGUGGUGCUGGCGCUGGUGGUGCUGGCGCUGGUGGUUAUGAUGGUGGUGUUGGUUACGGUGGUGGGGGAGGGGGUUACGGUGGUGGUGGGGGGGGGUGUUACAGUGGUGAUGGUGGUUACAGUGGUGGAAGGGAGGGGUAUGGUGGUGGAAGAGAGGGGUACGGUGGUGGAAGGGAGGGGCACGGAGGUGGAAGGGAGGGGUACGGAGGUGGAAGGGAGGGGUACGGAGGUGGAAGGGAGGGGUACGGAGGUGGAAGGGAGGGGUACGGAGGUGGAAGGGAGGGGUACGGAGGUGGAAGGGAGGGGUACGGUGGUGGAAGGGAGGGGUACGGAGGUGGAAGGGAGGGGUACGGUGGCGGAAGGGAGGGGUACGGUGGUGGAAGGGAGGGGUACGGAGGUGGAAGGGAGGGGUACGGUGGUGGAAGGGAGGGGUACGGAGGUGGAAGGGAGGGGUACGGAGGUGGAAGGGAGGGGCACGGUGGUGGAAGGGAGGGGUACGGUGGUGGUGGUGGGGGUUACGGUGGUGGGGGUGGUUACAGUGGUGGUGGGGGGGGAGGCAUGCCCAGCCGCCCAGGAGGAGGAGGGGGGCAGGGUGGGGGAGCAGGGGGGGCGCGGAAGCCGCUGGAUUGGAAGCAGCAGAUGCAGCAAGCGAGCAAGGAGCAACAGAAGGACCGCAUUUUCAGGAUGCUGGCUGAUGGCUCGCAGGACAAGAGCCGUGGCGGGUAUGGGAAGAGAUAG